UCAUGGAAAAGUUCUGGGACGAAGGGAUUCCUUGUUUACAUCCUCCCGGAGUACGCCGCGGGGGCGGAGUUGGCCCCGCCCUCAUUCUUUAGACCUGACGUCAUGGUCGCUUGUGUUUUUUGUGAAUGAAAGAAUCCAACCUCAGAGAGCAGCGGAGUAAUUCCGGGAAAAGGCGGACUGACAUUUUGUCGCCAGCGUCGCGUCGACCCAGCAGAGUGUCCGUAUCUGUGUUGACUGGUGUUGGAGAGGCCGAAGACAGUCGGAUCAUGACAUCAGAAAGAAGCAGCAAAGCCCUGAAGGUGAAGCAGGAGUGCGGCGAGAACGUUCCCGUCCUGUCGGACAACGAGCUCAUGUCCCUCACGGUGCGAGAGUUGAACCUGCAUCUGCGUGGCAUGUCCCGCGACGAGAUCCAGAAGCUGAAGCAGCGCCGGCGCACCCUGAAGAACCGGGGCUACGCCGCCAGCUGCCGAGUGAAGCGCGUGUCCCAGCGUGAGGCCCUGGAGCUGCAGAAGACGGAGCUCCAGAGGGAGGUGGAGAGGCUCGGGGCGGAGAACGCCGGCAUGAGGAAAGAGCUGGAGGGGCUCGGCGCGCGACUGGCCGCCCUCCAGAGGUUCGCCCGGGGCCUGGAGGCUGGGGGGGGCAACCUGCUGGCCACUGCCCCGCGUCUCAAUACCGCUUCGGUCAUCACCAUCGUGAAGAGUCCGCCACAGCCUCAGCCACAGAGAGAUCAGGAGCCAUCCUAGAAGGAGCUGCUGGACUGGGGGGAGGGGAAGGGGGAAGGGGGGGGGGACGCACAACCUGCAAUGCAAA